UGAAACCCUCUCGGCAGAAAAUUCCGUUCGAAGAGCGCCACUGGCUCGACAGCUGAUAUUCGAUCACCGGAAAAUACAGCAGAGCUGCGGCAUCCAUGGCGGAGGGGGCGCCGACCAGCACGGAGGUUUCUCCCAACCAGACAAUUUACAUCAAUAACCUCAACGAGAAAAUCAAGCUCGACGAACUGAAGAAAUCGCUCAACGCGGUGUUUUCUCAAUUCGGAAAAAUUUUGGAGGUUUUAGCCUUCAAAACCCUAAAGCACAAGGGGCAAGCGUGGGUAAUCUUCGAAGAGGUCUCUUCCGCCUCCAAUGCGCUCCGUCAGAUGCAAGGAUUUCCAUUCUACGAUAAGCCUAUGAGAAUACAAUACGCAAAAACGAAAUCUGAUAUCAUAGCAAAAGCAGAUGGUACAUUUGUUCCUCGAGAGAAACGGAAGAAACAUGAAGACAGAGGUAGAAAGAAAAAGGAUCAACAUGACGGCAUUCAAGCAGCAGCGGGUGUGAAUCCUGCAUAUGCUGGCGCAUACGGUGCAGCUCCUCCUCUAUCUCAGUUACCGCAUAUGGGAGCUAGAGCUGUGCCAGAAGCUCCCGCCCCACCGAACAACAUCCUAUUCGUCCAGAACCUUCCUCACCAAACAACUUCUAUGAUGCUGCAAAUGCUUUUCAGCCAGUGCCCGGGAUUCAAGGAAGUUAGGAUGGUGGAAGCCAAGCCGGGAAUUGCUUUUGUUGAGUACGAAAAUGAGAUGCAGUCCACUGUCGCGAUGCAGGGUCUUCAGGGAUUCAAGAUUACCGAUGAUCAUCCUAUGCUGAUCUCUUAUGCCAAGAAGUAAGUCGAGUUUUAACCCCACGCUCCACUACUCAGCGGAGAACUACUCGAAACUUUUACCACCCGGGCCGGGAUCCAGUUUGUGCCAGUGUAAUAUGUAGUCAUAGAAACCAGAUUCGACAUUGUUCUUUCUGUAAAACUGCUUUGGCGACUGAUUACUGGCAGCUUGCCUAAUUGCUUGAUAUUUCUUUCA